UUGAGCACAGAAGACGGAAGUUCGUGGUUCGUCCAAUGUUUUUUAGUUUUUAUUUUGCUCUCAAAGUGUGAUGAGUGCCCGGUACAAAAGCCUUACAGAAUUAUUGCAAUCGGUUUCAAGGGAAAAUGUCGAAACUGUCACCUCGGAGUCCAAGCCGAAUAGAUAUCUGAAAAAGGAAAAUGAAAAACGGUUUAGCGUUCGGAAGCUGGCGCAACGAUUCGAGGCCAGUGCCAGUGAGCAUUUCGAACGCACCAUCAGUGGACGGUUUUCAUCGAAAGGGAAAAAAUCGAAAAUCUCCAAAGAAAAUGAAGAGGCUGACGCGAAUCCAGCAGAAAAGUGUUCAUCAUCAACGACUUGGUAUCUGGAGAGCGAUAAGAUAACCAAAGAUAGCGAUGAACGUGAAAUCGUCCUACAAUCACACAGGCUGGAACUGCAACUCGAAACUGAGGACGAUCUGUUCGGCCGGAUAUCUCUCCCUGAUUCUGCGGACCUAUGUGAGAGCUAUAACGAGUUUAUAUACCUUGGGCUGACAAAACAAAAUGCAGAUUAUUUAAACAGUUACGACUCCGACUUUGAAGAAACGGAUAGCAGUGACAACCACGUUGAAACUAGUAACACCUUACUGGCACUGAAAUAUCCAGGAGAUUACAUUCACUAUCUGAUCUUUGGCUAUUAUCAGUCAUUGCCUACGGAAAGCUAUGAUAUUUCAUUACACAAUGAGAAUGACGACGGUGAAUUGGAAAAUUAUAAAGAAUCGGAAAGGAAUGACGUCAUCAGCUCAACGGUCCUGCCAACUGUUAUUGGUGAAAAAAAUCCUAAAUUGACGUACUUGAUAGAAGAGUUACUCGAUACGGAACGUAAUUACAUCAACACCCUGGAAAAAGGUAUCUCCACGUACAUCAAAGGCGUAUUCUAUAGGGUUCCCAUCCCUACGGAUCUAGUCAACAUGAAAUACCAUCUGUUUGGGAACAUCGAAUACAUCCAUCAAUUUCACAAAUCGAUUCUGUUACCUAAACUAGUCGGCUGUGGUAAGGAUGUCAGUAAAAUUGCGGAUGUUUUCAUCAAGUACUUGGAAAAUGACUCAUUCUACGGCUACGUGCUCUACUCCCUUUACCAUCCAAAAUCCCAGCGACUGUGUGAACAGUUUGCUCGUUUUUUCGAGGAUCACCAAAACUACAGCGGUGACAAGCUAGGGGUUAAAAGUUUUAUCCUGCAACCCAUUCAACGACUUCCUCGCUACCUUCUACUGCUGAACAAUCUUGGAAAGGCUCUUCGACCAAACGAACCAUCUUCGGAUGACGAUUGUAUUGUAAUACAGUAUCAGCGGGUGCGAAAGGCGGAAAGUGAACUACAAAAUUUUAUUAACACUAUGAACGAUUCUAUGGAAGUUAACGAAAUCGAAGAAUGUGAGAACACCGAAGAAGAUGAGAUCGAGAUGGGAUUCGGUGUACCGAAACCGAUAACAGUGCUGCGGGAACAAAACAGUGAAAACCAAAUACUCUUUCUGUAUCCCAAGGAUCAUGAGAACCCAGAGCGGAGUAGACCGAUCAACCUGCUACACCAAGGAAAGUUCAAAAAAGUAUUUCCAGUAUUCUUGCAUGACAUUCGGUUAGGACGUCAAUACCCAGGCAAACUGUUCAUUUUCGAGCGAAGCAUUAUUUACACAGAACAGCUAAAACUCCAUCUGCUCAGUUAUCGAGGUCAUUUCGACCAGCAGGAAGUCAGUUACGAUUUCAGUAAUCAACAAAUACUGAAAAUCAUAUCGGAGAAAGAUAAUCGUCAUACAGUCAACGUCAAGGUCGACAUUCAAAAUCCCGGCGCUACUAAUUUGGCUGUGAUAGUUGACCUUCUGCAAUCAAUGAUAGUAAGGCAUCGGAAGAAGGAAGGCUUUAUUAUUGAAAGCACCGAACUAACGAUUAUUAGAAACACCAUGUUGAAUCGUUUCAGCAGCAACCGAAGUAGUAUGUCAAGUUUGACAAGCAGUUGCAGCUAUUACAACACCUAUGGGCCGGAGAGUAUUCCGGAGGAUUCAGUGUAUCAGCAAGUGGAAUGCAAUGAAAAUGCUUCAUCAGUCGAACAUAUUCUAAGUUUUCACCAUUAUUACCAGAAAGCUUUGAAAGAUAAUGUUGAAUUUUAUAUAUGCUGCCUUCCGAGUGAUGUGCGACAGCAACUGACGGGUCUUAACGAGAUUAUUCUUGAAAUGCUCAAAAUUCAAAACUGCUUGAAUUAUCGUUUGUUCGAAGAUGACCACGACGAAGACCUGGCUUCCAGAUCGGAAAUAAACAUCCUCUGUGAUAUCUUCCAUGACAGUCUCAAGCAAUCGGAUUUUGAAAUUUUCCUCCGAUAUGUCGAGAAAUCAAAAGGCGCCGAAGCUAUUUUGAUGAGCUUUGAACAGUACUUCACAGGACAACCGAGGGAAAAUGAUACGAUCUGUUUGUCGAUCGAUGCGUUUCUGUUUCUACCCGUGGAAUAUGUGAACCGAUGCUACGAGUUCUUCGAUGCGGUUUGGAACGAUGUGAAUGGCAUCGAUGAAGAAGUGACUCUCAGGAAUACGGUGCUACAUUACAAGAUCAAGUUUAUUCACAGCCAGCUCUCUUUGCUACGACAGCGAGUCAAUGAAAAUUAUUACAUCCGACAGCUGAUCAUGGACACUGAGUUCUUGAACGAAAUCGGACUGGUACAAUACUCCGAAACGGUGAAACUGGAAGGUUCCUACUCGAGUUAUCGAUUAUUUCUAAUGAAAACAGGUUUGCUUUGCAUGAAAAUCAAAGCUGAAAAGAAUAAUCAGCCGGAAAGCUACAGCAGUGUAACAUUCUACUGCCCCUACACCAAAACAACGGCGAGAAAUAGUCUCCGAAGCUCCACGAGAUGGUCAGUUUACUUGGAUGGUCGCAAAACAACGUUGAAUUUCGGAAACAAGCAGGCACGGCAUUUAGUAAAUAGUCGGUACAUCACACUGGCGGGGCAAAUGCGCGUGAAAAAACGAUCGUUCUUCAAAUCUUCCGACUGAUAAAAAUAAAUGUGAUAAAAUUCUA